GUCAUUCUAUUAGCAAGUACCUUUUUUGAAUGGCGCACGUUGUUUUGUUGCGCGCAUCUCAGUGUCUCAUCGCGAAAAGUUGCGAAAAAAGGUGAUUUGACUGAAGUUUUAUGGGAGAUCCGGGCACAGACAGCCCGAACCGCUUUCAUAUACGCAUUAUAAAUACAAUUGUCAAACGGAUGGAGUGGACCAGUCGAACAGUGAGUGUACUUCCGCAAACAGGACCAGUAGUCGUCGGUGACAGUUUUCGUUGAAGGCCAAUUUGGGUUUACGGACUAGUGAAAUUUUGUGUGCGAUUGUGGGUCGGAGCAGAUCCAGUCGUCGGUGGCACGUGCAGCUUCCAGUCUGUGUUGGAAUAAAUGUGAACAUUCGUGUUAAUAUUUUGCGACAAAAGGCUACCGGAGAAGGAAGAAUCAUUUGUCUUGGACGACAAAUUGGAAGAUUUAAAUCGUGACUUGCGCGUUGAUUGCGAUCGGAUUGUGUGCUGGGAAGAUGAGAUUUAAGUGUUGGAACAGAAGGAGCGGAAUGAAGCUGUUGGAAAUUGGUAUUACCCUUACGCUGGUCUUCGCCUGUACGUAUGCAAGCGUCAACGGCAGCAGUACCCUUGAUGUCGUCACGCAGCAUCCACCGACAAAACAUCGCACGGCGCGACUUGUACGCGAGUUCCCCAAUUCCGUUGAAUCACGUUUGCAAAGUAUCGAAUACCCGUCGUACAACAUCCCCAACCCGUACGGUCCCGGAACUUACGCCUUUGGGUAUGAAAUCGAGGAUCCACAGACGGGAAAUGUACAAUUUAGAGACGAAGAAAAGCUGCAGAAUGGUACCGUUCGAGGAUCAUAUGGGUACAUGCAACCGGAUGGCAGUGUGAUCAUCACGCGGUUUUUGGCGGAUUUGUUUGGAUAUCGUGCAACUACUGAAAUUCGGCGAGCGGAUGGACAAACAGUAGCUUCCUUUCCUGGUCGCUCUCCAGUAACCUACAACCCAGCACUAAAUCCGGACUUCAUUGAUCCCCAAUAUAGCGCUGCAAUUCUUGGUCACAUCAAAAACCAACAGUUCAACCCGUCGCAAGGACUGAUUCAAUAUCCCGGCGGGAUUCCUCAAACAUCGCCAUACCCUUUGCAAGAUCUGCAGAUCAAUCCCAAUGGACCCCUUCCGUAUGAUGCUCCAAUGAACGGAAACGUGUUCUCCAAUUUCUUCAGCCAGUUUCCAUCCAACUUGAGCCCCUCCAACAUCUACAAUAAUCUGCACUCCACCUUCCCGAACAUCGUCCCCCAACAAAACCCGCUGAACACAUUCGCCACCAACGUCCAGAACGGUUUCCAACAGUUCACCCAGAACAACCCAUUAGGAAACUUCGUCAGCAAUGCUCAGUCCCAGUUCCAGCAGAACAAUCCAUUCGCAGGUUGGUUCAACGGCAACCGAUUCGGCCAGCAACAACAGCAGCAACAGCAGCAAAUUCAACAGUCACCUCAGCUGUUCUUACAGCAACAACAACAGCAACCACUGGGCUUCUCCGGAUUGACCGGAUUUGGUGCGUCCAACUAUCUGCAAAACCAUAGAAUUCCGACUACGAAGCGACGACGCAUUGGAACCACCAAGCGCAGGAAGCAUGGUCUGAAGACGCGAGACGAUACCGACGACUGGUUGGAGGAGUUUUUGGAGAGUCGGAAGCGGGAGAUGAUCUACGGGUUGACGACGACCACUCCGGAAUCGGUUCUAUUGGAGAAGGUUACCAAUGCCAGCAAAGUGAAGGCGUGAGGUGAAGUGCGGUGUUUUUUUUAAUAAGAUUAUUUAUUGAAAUCUAUUUAUUGACCCAUAAUUUAUUGAACUAUUGAAUUGUAAGCCAAAAUAAACAAAAGUUUGUUUAGAAUAUAGGAGGUACGAUACAUUUUGAGGGGGAGACCAUUUCAGAAAGUGUAGGUAUGGGAAAACCCACGGUGAAGAAGCAAGAAGCGAUGAAAAUCUUCAAUUUUAGCGUGACGUACUUAAUGGAUGCUCUAUUACACGAAUUAUUAUUUUUUAUUUAGAUCUAGUUAGGAAUGCAGUGCCUCUCAAAAACAUCCAAAAUAAAAAGAAUCCCAUUACUUUGUGCAAACUUUUAUUUGAUGAC